GCAAAAGAGUCAGUUGUAGAUACUCAAUAUUCUUUGACGUGAUAAGCACCGGCAUAACAAGCAAAAGCAUUUUCUUAUAUUAAAAUACUUGAAAGUAUUCAAUUUUAUUUUUUCUGUUUUUAAUCUUGAUUCUAAAUUUAAUAUUUAUCAUAGUUGUGUGACUGUUGAAUAACGUAUAACAAAAAUUUUUAUUAGUAGUUUAAAAAAAAAGAAGUUGAAAUGGCUACUGUUUCAUACCAAAUAUCAAAUUUGCUGGAAAAGAUGACAUCCAGUGAUAAAGAUUUUAGGUUUAUGGCGACUAAUGAUCUGAUGACAGAACUGCAAAAAGAUAGCAUAAAAUUAGAUGACGAUUCUGAGAGAAAAGUCGUUAAAAUGCUUUUAAAAUUAUUAGAAGACAAGAAUGGUGAAGUACAAAAUCUUGCUGUUAAAUGUUUGGGUCCUUUGGUAAAUAAAGUAAAAGAAUAUCAAGUUGAGACAAUCGUUGAUGCUCUCUGCACGAAUAUGGUAUCAGAUAAAGAACAAUUGAGGGAUAUUUCAAGCAUUGGAUUAAAAACUGUUAUUUCGGAAUUGCCACUUGGUUCAAGUGCUCUUGCUGCAAAUGUUUGUAAAAGAAUUACUGGUCGAUUAAGUAACGCCAUUGAAAAGCAAGAAGAUGUACCAGUACAACUUGAAGCUCUUGAUAUAGUAGCUGAUUUACUUUCUCGAUUUGGCUCGCUCAUGGUAACAUUUCAUGUGGUCAUUUUAGAUGCUUUAUUGCCACAACUUUCAUCACCUCGACAAGCAGUUCGAAAGCGUUCAAUUGUAGCUCUUAGUCAUCUUUUGACUUCCAGCAACAGUCAGUUGUACAACAAAAUUCUUGAUCACCUUAUAAAGGUUCUUUCAAGUAAUAAAGCCAGAAAUGUUAUUCGUACCUAUAUUCAAUGCAUCGCUUCCAUUUGCCGUCAAGCAGGUCAUCGAUUUGGAGAACACAUAGAAAGGAUUAUGCCUUUAAUUGUGCAGUUUAGUACAGAAGACGAUGAUGAACUUAGAGAAUAUUGCCUGCAAGCAUUUGAAGCUUUUGUCUACAGAUGUCCAAAAGAAAUUACACCUCACAUUAAUAAGAUUAUCAGCAUCUGCCUAAUGUACAUUACAUACGAUCCAAAUUACAAUUACGAUGAUGAUGAAAAUGAUGCAUCAGAUGGAGAUGGUAUUGUAAUGGAAACAGAAGAAGAUGGAGAAGAAGAUGUCGAAGAUGAGUAUUCAGAUGAUGAUGAUAUGAGUUGGAAAGUACGAAGAGCUUCCGCCAAAUGUUUAGAAGCUGUUGUUUCGAGCAGAAGAGAACUUUUACCUGAAUUUUAUAAAGUCAUUUCUCCUGCAUUAAUUGCUCGAUUCAAAGAGAGAGAAGAAAAUGUUAAGUCGGACAUUUUUCAUGCAUACAUAACAAUGUUAAGACAAACAAAACCAGCUACAGGCGUUUCUCUUGAUCCCGAUUCAAUGGAGGAUGAAGAAGGACCAAUUUCAUUGCUUCAAUUGCAAGUUCCUCUGAUUGUAAAAGCAGUGUAUAGACAAAUGAAAGAGAAAAGCAUAAAAACAAGACAAGAUUGUUUAUUAUUGCUUAAAGAAUUAGUGUUAGUUUUGCCUGGUGCACUUACAAAUCAUAUAUCUGCACUUAUUCCUGGAAUUCAAUAUUGCCUUGGAGAAAAAAAUUCCUCCUCCAACAUGAAAAUUGAUACACUUGCUUUUAUUCAUAUUCUUUUAAUUACUCAUCAUCCUGAAGAUUUUCAUGAUCAAAUGUCAGUUUUGGCUCCUCCUAUUAUUGUCGCUGUUGGUGAUCCAUUUUAUAAAAUUACCGCUGAAGCUCUUCUUGUAUUGCAAGAAUUGGUACAAGUUAUUAGACCUCAUGAUAAAGUUUACAAUCAUGAUUUUACAUCUCUGUCAACUGAUAUUUAUCGUUGUACACUUUUAAGAUUAAGAACGGCAGAUAUUGAUCAAGAGGUAAAAGAACGAGCUAUUGCUUGUAUGGGUCAAAUUUUGGCACAUUUUGGCGAUACUUUACAUGAUGAACUUGUUGUAUGCCUUCCAAUAUUUCUUGAUAGGCUCAGAAAUGAAAUCACUCGGCUUACAACUGUUAAAUCUCUUACUUGCAUAGCAGCAUCACCUCUAAGAGUUGAUCUUAAGUCUAUUAUGGGAGAUGCAAUUCCUGUUUUAGGAUCAUUUUUGAGAAAAAACCAAAGAGCUUUAAAAUUAUGUUCUUUAACAUUGCUUGAUACUUUAGUUCAAAAUUACAGUUCUGCUCUAAAUUCGGAGCUACUUGAUAAGGUUACAGUUGAGCUUCCAGCACUAUUGAAUGAGAGCGACUUGCAUAUUGCUCAAUUGACUCUUACACUUCUCACGACAAUUGCAAAAUUGCAUCCUCUUGCAUUGACAAGGGUCACUGAGAAUAUUUUACCUGAAAUUCUCGUCUUGGUGAAAUCUCCACUUCUUCAAGGUGCAGCAUUAAACUCAAUGUUGGAGUUCUUUCAAGCUUUGGUUCAAGCAGGAAUUCCAGGUCUUAGUUACAGGGAACUUUUGUCUUUGCUUGUGGCCCCAGUUAAUAUACCACAACUUCACAAACAGGCUUAUCAUUCUUUAGCAAAAUGCGCUGCUGCUCUAACAAUUAUGUGGCCACAAGAAGCUAUUGGCGUUGUUGGACAAUUUUUAAAAGAUGUUCAAAAUCCACAAAGUGAUGCCAGACAUAUAUUUGCUUUAUUAGUUAUUGGCGAAAUUGGUAGACAUGUAGACUUAAGCAACAUUAGUUCUUUGAAGUUAAUUAUUUUAAAUUCAUUUUCAACACACUCUGAAGAAGUAAAGCAAGCAGCCAGUUAUACACUUGGAAAUAUCGCUGUUGGCAAUCUUCCUGAAUAUUUGCCUUUUAUUCUUAAAAAAAUUGAAGCUCAACCAAAACGACAAUAUUUGCUGCUUCAUUCAUUAAAAGAAAUUAUUACAUGCCAAUCAGCUAGUCCAUUGGGAGUUUCGCAUUUACAGAACUUUGUGCCUUCAAUUUGGUUAUUAUUGUACAGGCACUGUGAAUGUACAGAAGAAGGUACUCGAAAUGUAGUGGCAGAGUGCCUUGGUAAAUUAACAUUAAUUGAUCCGUCAACGUUGCUUCCAAAGUUGCAAGAAUCUCUUAACUCCACAUCCGCAUUAAUGCGCACCACAGUAGUUACUGCUAUUAAAUUCACUAUAUCUGACCAGCCACAACCAAUUGAUCCAAUGUUGAAGCAGUGUAUGGGCAAUUUCUUAGCAUCAUUAGAAGAUCCUGAUCUCAAUGUUAGAAGAGUUUCUUUGGUUGCAUUUAAUUCAGCUGCUCAUAAUAAGCCAAUGCUAAUACGUGAUCUUCUUGAUUCUGUUUUACCUAAACUUUACGCUGAGACAAUGAUAAAGAAAGAAUUAAUUAGAGAAGUUGAAAUGGGACCUUUUAAACAUACAGUUGAUGAUGGUUUAGAUUUGAGAAAAGCCGCAUUUGAAUGUAUGUACACAUUAUUGGAUUCUUGUCUUGAUCGAAUUGAUGUUUUUGAAUUUUUGAAUUAUGUGGAAAACGGUUUAAGAGAUCAUUACGAUAUCAAAAUGUUGACUUAUCUCAUGACCGCACGUUUGGCACAACUUUGUCCUACUGCCGUACUACAAAGAUUAGAAAGACUUGUGGAACCGUUGAAGAGUACUUGCACCAUGAAAGUGAAAGCAAAUUCUGUUAAACAGGAAUAUGAAAAACAAGACGAAUUAAAACGUUCUGCAUUGCGAGCCGUUGCUGCAUUACUUACAAUUUCUGAUGCUGAUAAAAAUCCGGCACUAAAUGAAUUUGUUUCUCAAAUUAAGGCAACAGUUGAACUACAGCCAUUGUUUGAUAUGAUUCAAAAAGAUUGCUCGGGUAAUAAUAUGAAUGAAACAAAUGUUAUGGAUCAAAGUUAAAAGGAAAUGUUUAAAUCUUUUUAAUUUCAUAACGCUGCUAAAGAUACAUAAUUUAUGUUUUUUUCUAUAUAUAUAUAUAUAUAAAUAUAUAUUAUUUUUUAAUAUCACCUCUAAAAAAUAAGCGUAGUUCAGAUUUAAUAUGAUUUCAUGUAACGCACCAUGUAUAAAUUUGAAAAUAAAUUCAUCGGAUCGUA